GUUGGUUUAGAGUAGGGUACAAUUGUCUUGUUUUUCCUCAAUUUUCUAAAAACUUUUAUGUACCGUGAGAGGGCGACAACUUUUUCACACGUGUGGUAUAACCUUAUGUUAACUGACUGUGUGCGGCUAUUAUUUUUUUUGGAAGUACGUUCAAUAGAAAUUAAGUGGGGAAGCACCCGUUGUGUUUUUGGUUGUAUAACAUCUCAAAAACAUCAUAAUGUUAAAGGGCGAAGAAGGCGAUCUCAAUAGAAUUAAUUCUCCAGAUGACAAAUUAUCUAUGUCAAAGAAGGCACUGAAGAAGCAAGCUAAGGAAGCAGAAAAAGCAGCUAAAAAGGCUGAACGACAAACCCAAAAUUUAAUUAAGGAGGGUGUAAAUACUGAAGAAGACUAUUCUAGUGGACAAUAUGGAAAGCUGCCAAUGAAUCAGUCUCAAAAGAAGAUAGUGCGGCAUCUUGUAGAAGUUAAAGUGCUUGAUUUGAACUUUGCUGAUCAGAAGGUGUGGGUACGUGGACGUCUGCAUACUAGUCGAGCAAAAGGAAAACAGUGUUUUUUUGUUCUUCGUCAACAACAUUUUACAGUUCAGUGUCUUGUAUCAGUAUCUGAAACUAUCAGUAAAGCAAUGGUGAAGUUUGUUGCAUUGAUUACAAAAGAAUCAAUACUUGAUGUUGAAGGUCAUGUGCGUACAGUUUUUCAGAAGAUAGAAAGUUGUACACAGAAAGAUGUGGAGCUGCAUGUAGAGCAGUUAUUUGUUGUUAGUGCCUCAGAACCUAGGCUACCUCUGCAGAUUGAAGAUGCAUCCAGACCAGAAAAUGAAGAGGAUCCUGAUGGUCUACACAUUAGAGUUUGUCAAGAUACCAGACUAGACAAUCGGAUCUUGGACCUUCGAACCCCUACAAACCAGGCAAUCUAUUGUCUCCAGGCUGGUGUUUGUGAACUCUUUCGUGAAGCUUUGAAAAAGAUGGGUUUUAUAGAAAUUCAUACACCCAAAAUUAUAUCGGCUGCAAGUGAAGGAGGGGCAAAUGUCUUUGAAGUGUCAUAUUUUAAGGGCAGUGCUUAUCUUGCACAAUCACCCCAGCUUUACAAGCAAAUGGCUAUAGCAGCUGACUUUGAUAAAGUCUUCACUAUUGGUGCAGUGUUUCGUGCUGAAGACUCUAACACACAUCGUCACCUAUGUGAGUUUGUGGGCCUGGAUCUGGAAAUGGCAUUCCACUAUCACUAUCAUGAAGUUAUCACUGUCAUUGGGAUGAUGUUUGUAGAAAUCUUCAAAGGUCUCAGAGAUAGGUUUUCAGCAGAGAUUGCUGCUGUACACAGACAAUAUCCAGCUGAACCAUUUAAGUUUCUGGAACCAAGUUUAAGGCUGGAUUACCCAGAAGCAGUAGCUAUGUUACGUGAAACUGGGGUGGACAUGGGGGAUGAGGAAGACCUGAGCACACCGAAUGAAAAGUUACUUGGACGACUUGUCAAGGCUAAAUAUGACACUGAUUUCUUCAUAUUGGACAAAUUUCCUCUGGCUGUACGUCCAUUCUACACUAUGCCUGACCCACAUAAUUCUAAGUAUUCUAACUCUUAUGACAUGUACAUGAGGGGUGAGGAGAUAACAUCUGGUGCUCAAAGAAUCCAUGACCCAGAAUUUCUGGCAGAGCGAGCAAAGAAUCAUGGAAUUAAUAUAGAGCAUAUCAAGGCCUACAUCGAUUCUUUUCGUUAUGGUGCUCCACCUCAUGCAGGUUGUGGCAUUGGGCUUGAACGUGUAACAAUGUUAUACCUUGGUUUGGAUAAUAUCCGUAAGGCUUCCAUGUUUCCUCGUGACCCCCGUCGACUUACACCAUGAGUUUUGCAAGAGAUAGUAAAUAGUGUUAUUUUCUUGAAUUAUCAGUGUAUGGAAUUAUGAAUGAUACACUCAAAUAAAAUUUUAUGAAUAAAA